CAAGCGCAAAACUUGGCCGGCGCAGCUGCAGAUCGAUGAUGGAUGGAUCUGGGAGGGUUGAUUUGUCCAGCUUCGGUUGCUGGUAGAAGGUUGAAAUCAGAAGCCUCACUGCACAGACUGUCUAAAUAUUCGUAUAGGCAUACCUCCAAUUGCGGUCCUGAUAGAUCAACACAGGCUCUCUAAGGUUUCCCUGGUCCGGGUUCCUGCAUUCCCGCCGUCCCGGUCGCGCCUCGAGAAAAACCGACAACCAACAACCAACAACCGACCUCGAUCCAUCUCCAUGGCAUCAGCAGACACCUCCUCCCGCCUCACCCACCUCUUCGCCGCAUCCCACUCCCUUGCCCUCUCCUCACCCUCCGUUGCAGCACACCUCAUGUCUCAAUUCCUCUCUCAUGCGGAGGAAAAGAAUGUUCUGUUGCAUGAUAGGGUGAGGAGGAAGGUUUGUGGCGGGUGUGGAUCGUUGUUUUUGCCGGGGUGGAAUGUGAGUGUACAAACGAGGGAUGAGAAGAAGAGAAAGAGGGACGCAGUAGGAGAGGAGCGGAAGAAGAUGAGUAAGAAGAGACGGAAGGAGGUGAAGAAGAAGGAGAUUGAAGAGCGGAGGAAUAAGGAUGAACCUAUCAAGUCAAAACUGGUUUACAACUGCCAAACAUGCACGCGACAAACUACUUUCGAAAUGGAAUAUCCAGCGCCGACGUUUGCAUCACCACUAUCCAUCCCAGCACCCGAAUCAAAACCCACCUCCGCACCCUCGAAAGCAGCGGCCAAAUCAUCUCCAUCACCAGCACCUGCCUCACUGCCACACUCUGCCCGCUCCUCGCCCGCACCAACAUCCAAUACUCCCAGCCCCGCCGGAACACCAAAGAAGAGAAAGAAGAGCGCCAAAAUGGGACUACAGGCCAUGCUCGCCAAAUCCAAACAAGACCAAAAGAAGGAUGGAGGUGGACCGGGUAUUAUGGAUUUCAUGUCGCUAAUGUAGCUAUUCAACGCCACCCCACUCCCAUC